AUGGAUCAUUCAAGGUCAUUAUUUCAUAGCAUUAGUUACGUCCAUUUCAAUCCAAAUCCUCCCGUGAAAGGACAAAAGCUUUUCAUUGAAUACGGAGGAUAUUUAAAAGAGAGAUUACCUAAAGGUACACGCAUUAACUUGAUAGCCUCUUUCAAUUCCGUUCCGGUGAUACAUAAAAAAAUAAAUCUUUGUGAAGACACUUUGAAAUCAGUUGGUGAUUGCCCACUGGAGCCCGGAAGAUAUGAUCUUACAAAAGAAGUUGGGAUUUCCGAAGAUCUUCCUGAUGGCAACUAUACUGUCCAUGCUGAUAUUAUUACACCCCAAGGUGAACGGGUAACUUGUUUGGUGUUAAAGACAAUCCUCUAA